CUGAACAUCUAUUUUGUCAUUAAGACCAUGAAUGAGGGAUCGUCACCAAUUGCGCAGUCUAGUGACUGCGAAUACUUCGCCUUGGAGAAUGAUGAAGGUAUGACCCGGGUAGAGUCAGGAAUUCUAUCCCCGGUUCCAUUUCGCGACGAAGCGGGGUUUCGCAACGAAGAGUCCGUACGACUGGUGUUCGACGAAGACAAUACUCUGCCGUCAAGGGAAGCCUUUCCGCGAAGCCCGUUUCUAGCUAGACGGGAGCCCGCCGAACUGAAUGGGCUCAAUUACUUGAAUGUGGUGACGUAUGCUGCCCACCUUUUUGUUUCUUGGGGAAUCGGGGUCUGGGGUUUACACGGAAUUCUAAGAACAAGAUGGGAGCUAAGUCUGCAGUACGAAACACUCGUCAUGCCUGCCCAUUGGGCGUACUACCUCUGGGGACCUAUAUUGAUACUAGAGGGAAUCUUUGCGCUGGCUCAACUUUUUCCUUACUACCGUGCAAGACCGAUAAUUCAAGCUGGUUCGGGGUACUUUUUCUUCUAUACGUUUCUGCUCCAAACAGCUUGGACAUUUUUCUUUUGCUUCCAGCUGUUCAUAUGCUCCUUUGUUGCAGUUACUCUGACUCUUCUAUCGUUAUUAGGACUUUUGGCUUCUCAGCAAAAGCAUCGGGUUCCGUCGGGCCGUUCCAGUCGCGUUGAAUAUGCCCUCUUCAGGUUUCCGUUUUACUUGCACACCGGAUGGAUGGUACUGAUGGCGGUGGAUCAUUUUGCCCUACUAUUUCGUAAGCUUAAUGCAAGUCUAGGUUUACAAGUCGCGGCGGACAUUUUUUCACUGGGUAUUCUUAUGGCGGUGGCCGCUGCCUAUCUGGUUCGUCCCUACAAGGCCGGUUGGGUUAUUCCAGCUGUCAUACUGUGGUCUUAUCUUGGGAUUGCCUGGCGAUUGCACACCCCGAGCGAUGUCAUGAUGGCUCUGUAUGGCGACACCAUAGUCUCAGCCGUUCGCUAUUCCGUCUUUUUUUUCGCCGGAGCAGUUAGCUGUUGUCUUGUCCCAAAUACUGUUGUUUGGGCGGCACACGAAUUUUUGACAAUUAAUGUGAUUGAGCUGGACUAAGGUAACAGAAAGCAGAUGAUCACCCUCCCUCCUGUACGAGUAUGAAUACAGCAUUACGACUUAAAAAAGUCGAAUCUAUAAACAGCAGCCUCAAUUUUAAUAAAAAGACUGUUUUCGUUUG